CUUAAAAGCAAUAGCCUAUUGCGUAUUCAUAUAUCUCAUACGUGAUGCAUAAAUUCCUUGCAAAUUAAGAACUUUUCUGGUCUUUGUCAACUUCUCCUUUAUCUUGGUGGUUACAAAAAGACAGAGAAAAGGUGGAAGAAUGUUUGUUUUUUUCUGAUAAGGAAGUGUAACUUUUUAUGGGCCCCCUUUGCUGACAUCUCUGUGUGUAGAGUUUCUUGAUUAUCUCAUCUUCCUGCUUGAGCUUGUAACAAAUCCUAUAUCACAGAGUUUCUAUUUUAACGUUAUGUUGUAACCUAAAACUACAUUUAACACCUGCAGGGACGGGGACUUCACCACCGCCUCCCUGGGCAGUCACACAAGCCCAAAAGGAGCAAGGUUUGAAUGGAGCACAGUGGGCCUGCUCCUGCUAUUCCUCAUCCUGCUUUAUGUUCAUUUCCUUUUUAUGACCAUAAAAAAUUUCAUUUUUAUGCAUCAAUAGUUUCUCAAUCAGAUUAGACAAGGAAUCUUUAAAAUGUGGAAAUAAAGGACAAAAACACCCAUGGGAAUUUCAUGUUCAUUUAUCCCCAUGUUCCAUCUCCCAGAUCUUUUGCAUAAACUUCAGCAUCUAUUAUCAAGAAAUUAUAAAAAAAUUGUGCCUUUCUCCUUCACUUUGGAAGGAAAACAGAAAAAAAACAGGAAGUCUGUUUUCUUAAGAGCCCUUGGAUUUCUCAUCCAUUUGAUUUCCAUUCCCCCAGGAUGAACUACAUGUUUCGAAUACAGUCAGGCAAAGAAAGUGGCUCAAGUUGUUCCCUUAGCUAGGAGUUUCCUAAGAGGAAAUUAUUUAUAAACUGUAUAGACUCAAGUCUUAGGAACUGCCUCACAGCAGAAUGAUAUCACUAGAAAGUACUAGAAAAUUAACCCAGAAAAACAAAAAAAACUAGGCAAAAUAAAAAUGAUCCAUGGCAGAAGCUCAAUAGCUGUAUAAUUAUAUUGCAACUAUAUAAUGAUGUUAGAUAUGCCAAAUUUCACUGUGACACGUGAAAUACAAGUUUCGCCAAGUGCCAGAAACGACACGCAAGUACAAAGGGCAGGUAAUAACCUACAAUACAUUGUUUCAGUGAGGGGGUCUUAACGCAAAUCCUGUGGAACAACUGGAUUAAUUUUCAACUCGCUCCAACAAUUAGCAGAUCGCGGGUUUGUAAAAAUCCCUAUUUAUUGACCCCGAUGCAUGCUGGGACUUGUAGUCGGGGCACCGCUGCCGGCAGCUGUAACCCUGCUUGUGAUUGGCUGGUGGUGCCGAAUCGCUGCGCGGAGCCAAUGAGUGGGCGGGGUAUUGGGGAGUCGCGGACUCCAGGGCCCGGCCCAGAGAAGCAUCAGCCGCCUCGGCGUGGGCAGAUCCGGAGUUCUCCUGUCCCUGCCCCUGUCCUGCCCCGUUCGGCUCUGUCCCGUCCCGUCCCGGAUGGCCACGAUCUCUCGGGCACCCGCGGGCCGAGGGCAGGGCUACGGCCAUGGACCCCGCGGGAGCAGCAGCCGUGGUGACCUCAGGGUGGGCACGGGGCUGGAGGAGGCUGGAAGGGCUCUGUCCCAGCACGGCAGGUUCCUGACGGUGAGCGAUGGGAGCGCUGCUGGGGUGCAGCGGGGCCGGAGGCCGGGAGAUGCCGUCGGGGCAGGGAGCGGCCGUGCAGCCCCGAGCGCCGCCCGCACGCGCCUCAGCUCCGUCCUCAACAAAGUGGCACAGCUGGAAAGCAAAGUCAUGGCGCACAAAAAGCACCUGGAAUUGCACAACACUGACUCGGGCAUGAGGCCUUUGGCUGAGGAGUGCACCUCGUCUGCCUCUGGGCACGAAGGUGGUGCCAGGGGCAAGAAGUACUGGAAGAAGAAUUAUGGUAGCACCAGUGGGAGUGGGACCCACAGAGAUGCCUGUUCUGAGGAAGAGGAGAGCAUGCAAAGCCCUAAAAGGAGUGUCAUGGUUAAACAACAGCUUGAUCUGGAUAGUGAUGAAGAGGAAAUGAGAGAAUUGAUGGAGAGCUCUUUGGGGUUUUCCACUGGAAGUGAGAAACAGAAGGUUCUGAGCAAGACUCCAGUUCCAUCAGGAAAGGCUCCUCCACCUCGUAAGGAAGUUUCAUCAGCAGAGUCAUCUAAAGCAUCUUCUUUUCACAACAAAGACUCAGAGCAAAGUGUGUUUGGUAGAGUUAAUUCACCAGCCCCUUCACCCACCAGCAGAAAUCUGUCAGGACAUACCACGAGACCUCGAUUGCUGUCAUCUUCCAUGAAAGACAACACUGUGAAGAGUGCUCUGCCUGCAACAGGCUACACCAAGCAAAUCCAAGAAUCCCUUGAAAGUGACAGAAGUGAAAUAAAAUCAUUAGAUGAAUUAUUUUCUGAAGGAGCUGAUGGAGAAGAUCUAUCCAGCAGCAGCUUGAAAUACUUUGGACUGAAUAUCCUGAGCCUCGAUGAUUUGGCACCUGAUACUACCAGUAAGGCAGAAGAAUUAAAGCAGAAUGAAAAAGACAUCCAAUUUACACAAGAAUCAAAGAAAUAUGUGAAAAAAGAUACAUUGCUGGUGGAAGAGGACCAGGCUGCUCUAAAAAUGACCAGUGCAAUAACUGGUGUGAGUGAUUCUUCUGAAGAGGAGGUUGAAAAAUGUAUCUCUGAAGCUGAAAUCUCUGAACAUUUAAGUGGAGUUUCCUCAGAUCUCCCUCCACACAAACAGGAUUAUCUUAAUCAGAAUGAAAGUACUGUUAAUUCCGAAUAUUCUGAAGACUUUGAAAGGUCUCUGUCUACACCAGACAGGCAAUCUGGAGAGGGACGAGCUGAGAGCUGCAGUUCUGGAGCACACCCAUCUUCGGGGCCAUCCCCGUUGGUCACCGCGGGGCAGCACAGCCGGGGGCACCGAGUGAGCGUCACAGAAACCGGAGUGCAGACAGCAGAGCCGCCCUGCACCGCCUGCCGCGCCAAGGGCUGUGCAGUGGUUUUAGGGCAGCUGCUGUCCCAAGAAAUUGCAGGAGAGCCAAGCAGCAGCACUAAAGCUUUCCCCUCUGCCCAGAGUAAUUCUGAUGCUAUCCUGUGCACAGCAAACCCUGCUGCAGUGCUCGGCCCCGCUCUGGGAACCAGCUACAUCGAUCCAGUGCCAAUUGCCAGUCACGUCAUCAGCAUGGAUGCAGUAGAAGCCCUGACCGCGUACAGCCCCUCCGUUCUCCUCUUACACACCAUGUGCAAGCAGCACCUGAUGCUGACCCAGCAGUUUGUGGAGAGCAUUCACCACCUUCACACAGCCCUCGUGGAGUCACUAGAGCAUGAGAAGUUCCACUACCACACCCUGGAAGAGGCUAAAGAGUACAUCAAGAAUCACAAAUCACCACCUCUAACAAUUGAGCAAGCGCUUGAAGAAAUUCGGAGAGCCCAGGAGAACUGCUUGGACAGUUAUUGAACUUUAAGUGACGUUUAUAUUCACGGCUCUAAGGCUGAAACAAUAAACCUUUCCAAGUUGCACAGAAAAAA